AUGUCCAUGACAACGCGGGCGCGGCGAGUUGAGGGCGGCUACAGCCUUCACGGGUGCAAGGCGUGGAUCGCCGCCGCCCCGCUCGCCGACGUUGCCAUUGUGUGGGCGAAGCUCGACGACACGAACGAAGUUGGCGGUUUUGUCGUGGAGCGCGGCUUCAAGGGCUUCGCGACGCCGCGCAUCGACGGCAAACUGUCCUUCCGCACCAACAGCACUGGCAUGGUCGAGCUCGACAACUGCGUCGUGCCGGAUGAAAACGUGCUGUCGCUCGCCAAUAGCGUGAAAGCGCCGUUGAAUUGUAUUGCUGGCGCACGGUACGGUGCCGCGUGGGGCGUGCUUGGCGCAGCAAGGACGUGCUUCACCAUUGCGCGUGACUACAGCAUGGAGCGCAAGCAGUUCGGGAAGCCCCUCGCCUCGACACAGCUCGUCCAGACAAAGUUGGCCGAUGCAAUGACGGAGCUGACGCUGGCGCUGCAGGCCUGCCUGCGUGCGGGGCGGCUGAAGGAUGAGGGGAAGCUCUCGCACCAGGUGAUAUCGAUGCUGACGCGCAACAACACCAGGAAGGCAAUCGAAAUUGCGCGGGCGGCGAGGGACAUCUUGGGCGCCAACGGCAUCUUGGAUGAGUACCACGUGAUGCGACACGCGUGCAAUCUGGAGACAGUCAUGACCUGCGAGGGCACGUACGACGUGCAUGGACUCAUCUUGGGCCGUGCCAUCACCGGGAUGAGUGCCUUCUGA